GCUUACAUUGCAGUGCUCUGAACCGAAAGACCCCCCUUUUCCCCACCUCUUGCAAACUUUUGUCUCACUCUGUGGGUGCCCAGGAAUUGCCUAAGAAGCUGAGCAGAUGGGACAACUUUUCUGAAAAAAGAAAGCUGAGAAUUUAUCCAGCCAGCAUAGGGCAGAAAAAGAAGCCAGACGCCGCUGCCAGAGGCUUUAUCUGAAACGCCAAGAAAUCAAGGCGCACCUGGGGGCCGCAGUGACUUGCAUAUAUAUGCCUCAGAGAGCUAGGGAGAGUUUGUCAGAGGUUAACUGAUUACCCUGGCAAAAGCUCUGGUGUUUAUUGCCAGUGACUUCUCAGCCUUGCUGCCUAGAAUCCUAUUUGACCCCGGACCCACUCUUGACUACGCUGCCUGCUAAUCCUCUUGGACAACGGACCGGCUCUGGACACCUCUACCUGCUACUUCACACGAGUUGCAUUAUAGUGGGGUUGCUCCAAAAUGGAUUCUGACCAUAGAGGUGCUAUAACUGAAGAGGACAUCAAGGCCUUCGGAAAGCACCUUGAGAAUUUCUCACCAGGCAACCUAAGGAGGAUCACUGAGCACUUCCACCAAGACUUGAUUUAUGUCAUUGAAAAUGACGUUACCCGGGUGCUUCAGGGACUGGUGGCUGGGAGGGUCAUCACGGCUCGGGAAGCUCAGACUUAUGAAGACGUGGAGAAUCAGCAGGAUUCAACCAGAGCAGCGGAGAAGCUGGCUGAUAACUUUCUUUCUGGGAGCACAAAGAUGGUGAUUGGAGUCUGGAAGUGUCUGUUUGCUCUUAGGAGCAAGUGGUCUCAUCCCAACCUUGAUGGGAUGGUGGAAGAAAUCAUCCAGAAUGGUCCAGCUCUGUUAGAAGAGAUUACCAUGAAUGAAUGUGGACGCACCCUUGACCCGGAAGUCAAAGUUUGGCAAGAGGAACACAAAUCUCUUCUAUAUGAACAAACCAGACAUCUGAGAGAAGGCAGCAGAGAAGCACAACCCGAGGAGUCCUGUUUCCCCAUUGUCAGCCGCUACGUAGACCUAAAAAUGGUCUCGGAUAACAAGUUCAGGAAACGGAGCUAUCAGGAACAUGAGGCGCUGGCAGCUGCCGGUGAGCUGAAUGAGUUUCGCCUCCGCCAGAAAAUGCAGGUUGAUCUGGAGCGCAUCACGCCGGACCGGCUGUUCCGCUGGUGCUUUCGAUCAUGCCGCACACCCCGUUCCGUGAUGCUGAGCGGGGUGGCCGGAGUGGGCAAGACGACCCUGGUGCAGAAGUUUGUCUUUGACUGGGCAACGGGAAAACACUACCAAAAGUUUGCCUUCCUUUUCUUCUUCAAAUUCCGGGACCUCAAUGCUGUGGGGAAAGGGGCCACCCUCGAAGGCCUGAUCCAGCAACAGUACCCCAAGAUGCAUGACAAAGUUGGGAAAAUCCUAGAGGACCCAGAGAAAUUGCUCUUCAUCUUUGAUGGCUUGGAUGAGAGCAAAGACAAUCUGGAUUUGAGUUCCUCAGACCUCUGUGUCCAGCCAGGAGAUGUGAAACCAGUUAACGUGAUUGUAGCCAGCUUGCUGAAACAGAAGCUUUUGAAGGGAUGUUCCGUUCUCCUGACCAGCCGCCCGAGCAGACUCGUCCAUUUGGAGACAGGAGUCCUCCACAGAGUGGCCACUAUUGUGGGCUUCCUCUCUCAGGAAAGAGUGAGGUACUUCUACAACUUCUUUGGAGAGGAUGCGGUUGCCCAAAAGGCCUUGGCCCAUGUGAGGGACAGCCAAGUUCUGUACACCCUCUGUUACAAUCCCUCCUACUGCUGGAUUACCUGCACUGCGUUGCAACCUUGCUUCACCUCCAGUUCUGGACAGCCACAUGCUCUUCCCAUCACUGUGACUCAACUCUUCAUAAGCUUUGUGAAGCAUAUGGUGGCCAACCACACCAGGGGGCUCUCUGGGGACACAAAUGUACGGGAGAUACUGAGAACACUUGGCUCUUUGGCUGACUGGGCCCUUAACAACUACCUGCUUGUUUUUGAUCAGAACGCAUUGGAGGUCUUCAAUGUGUUGGUGUGUCAUCUCCCUACAUCCUUCCUGGUGGAGAACUUCCAAGGUGACUCCUCAUCCUUCCCGGUCACCUAUUCCUUCGUUCACCUCACCGUUCAAGAGUUUUUUGCUGCCCUUGUUCAUUACUUGGAUGGCGAGGAGGACAAUUUUGAAGAGACAAUGGUGGGAGUCAUACACAGCCAGGGUGGCCACUAUGAAAUUUUUCUCCGCUUCCUGUCUGGCCUUUCUCAUCCCACUACCAGGGCACCUUUGGAGGAAAUUCUGGGAACGUUCUCGCCAGUGAUCACUCAAAAAGUAAUUGAUUUAAUCAUAAAGAUGGACUGUAAAACUCUCCUGAGUACAAGGAGCCAGGAUGGUAAAAAGAGAGCCCUGAAUUUGUUCAAUUUGCUUUUUGAGGCUCAAAACAGCCAACUUGUGUGCCAGGUGAUGGGAAAUGCUGCCCGUGUGGACUUCUCCGGACUGAUCCUCACGCCUGUCGAUUGUGACAUCCUUGCGUACGUCCUGAGCUGUUGCAGAGGAGUUGAGCUCCUAAACCUUGAUUCCUGCUAUGUCCAAACUGAGGGGUUGGAGAAGCUCAGCCCUGAGCUGCACAAAAUCAGAGAACUGAGCCUCUGCAGUAAUUAUCUGAAGGAUUCAGCAGUGAAGCACCUCGGUUCUGCCUUGAAGCAUCCAGAGUGCCAAUUGCAGAGCCUGAGAUUGGCAAAGAAUGCGCUUACCGAAAAGUCCUGUGAAGAUCUGAGUCUGGUUCUCUCUCGGAAUCACAGCCUCUUAACCCUUGACCUGGCCAAGAACAAGAUGCAUGAUGAAGGCCUCUCCGUCUUGCUGGGAGUGUUCAGAAAUCCACAGUGCAAGAUACAGAAACUAGUCAUCCAGGAAAAUGCCUUGACAGAUGCAUCCUGCAAAAUACUAUGCUCUGCUCUUGCUGAAAACACCACCCUCACACAUCUGAACCUGAGUAGCAACCCUUUCACAGAUCGAUGCGCUAAUGAGAUGCGUAAUCUCAUCCUGACCUGUCGUGCUCUUAAAGAAAUCAGGCUGAACCUAAGUGACAUCAGUCCAGCGAUGGAAAAACAGCUGAAAAAACUUGAAAGUGACCGAGAAGACCUCAAGAUAUUAAUUUAAGCACUUUUUAUUGGAUCAUCCACCCAGCUCCACCCAUGAAGAGCCUUCUCUGUAGCUGCACUCACCCUCUAAAAACUUUGGAAGGCAGAAAAUGUGGCGUCUUUGAAAUGCUUGUUUCCCUAGGCUGUAAUUAAAUGGAUCAUACCGCUCUAUCUUGGAUUGUUUUUCAUAGAAUCAUAGAAUAGUAGAGUUGGAAGGUGCCUCUAAGGCCAUUGAGUCCAACCCCCUGCUCAAUGCAGGAAUCCACCCUAAAGCAUCCCUGACAGAUGGUUGUCCAGCUGCCUCUUGAAUGCCUCUAGUGUGGGAGAGCCCACAACCUCCCUAGGUCACUGGUUCCAUUGUCAUACUACUCUAACAGUCAGGAGCUUAAGUGGUUUUAAGCUUAGGUGCAUUCUCUGUUUGGUGCAUUCUCUUCCCCUUCUUAUUGUUUUAUUAUGAUUUUAUUAGAAUGUAAGCCUAUGCAGCAGGGUUUUGCUAUUUUAUUGUUUUACUCUGUACAGCACCAUGUACAUUGAUGGUGCUAUAUAAAUAUAAUAUAUAAAUAUAAUAAUAAUAAUAAUAAUAAUAAUAGGUGGUUUUAUUGGAGCUUGUGGUUUUAAUGUGCUUUUAUUGUGCUGAGAGAUUUUAUACUAUUCCGUGGUUUAUAUGUGUCCCAAAUAAAUCAAUAAAUCGUAGAUAUCAAGAGGAUUCCCUUGCACUCAGGAGAAAAAGAGCUGGUCAAGUACCUUCUCAAGCGGCUUGUGCAAUGGACAGAGAAUGAAAAGAGUCCUCAAUAAAAGGGAAUUGUUGAAUUGUGCUGUUUAAUUCCCUUAUCUGCACGUUAUUGAUUUGUAAGUGGCUUUGGCCCAAUGUAAUAUCAAUGAUGUUAACUAAAAUGUAUAAAAAUAAAUAAG